AUGAAGACAUCACCACUGCUCUACUCAAUUUUCGCCCUCGGGCAGCCGUGCCUAGCCCAGAUAGUGCCUUCUUCCCAAGUAAACAUUCAAGCUGGGCGUAUACACUCUACUGCUCUUGCCGAGGAAGACAUCGAGGUGGCUAGCAUCACCAUACACCCAGGCUACACUGGUCAGCAACAAGAUGCCGCAAAAAGCGACAUUGCCCUCAUUAAACUGGCUAAACCCAUACUAUUGAAUCAGUUCCAAGGACCUAUUGCUCCGGUGACUACUUCUCCAGCUGCCGGCACCAGGGGUGUCCAGGUUGGCUGGACGAUCCCGCUUGUUGGAGGCUUGCUGGGCAGUCUUCUGAAACAGGAAGAGACAGUUGUCGGUCUUGAUCAGUGCCAGCAGGCACACAAGAACCUGGCACUGGACAUGCUCGGAAGAUCUAGUUGUCAUUCUUACCCGCUUCGCCAUGUCUAUGAGCAUUAUUUCAAGGCGAAAACUUACACGAAGACUUAUGGACGCACGUUUACGUUCCCAUCUAAAAGAAGUGUGCUGUCGCAUCUGAUGCGAAAAGACGAUGUGGAACUUACCUUUAUCUAUGCCCUUUCUUUCAAAGAACCAGAAAUUAACUCUAUAGACAAGUAUGGCCAGUUCUCGCUCGGAAAAUUUCCCCAUCAAGCAAGCCUUCGUUAUGGCGGUAAACAUUCCUGCGGGGCCUCCAUUAUCUCUCCAACUAAGAUUCUGACGGCGGCACACUGCGUAGAGGGCAUGAAUAUCGAUUAUUUCCAAGUCGCAACUGGCACAAUCGACGUCAAUGGUGGUCAGCUACAUAAGGUACUUAAGGCCGUUAUACACCCAGGCUACACUGGCCAGCAAAAGGCUGCCUGGGGAAACGACGUAGCUGUCAUCACACUAGCCGCACCUAUAAAAUAUAGUCAGUACCAGAACCCUAUUGCUCUGGCAACUGUUUUUCCAUCUGCUGGUAACAGAGUUGCCUCAUCUGGCUGGGGAAGGACCUCAGUCAGUGGAGACCUGUCGGACAAGCUUCAGAAAAUGGGACAGGAGGUUGUCGGCUAUAAUGAAUGCCAGAAGAGGCAUGCCGGCAUGCCACUUGACAAUAGUCACCUGUGUGCCUUUAGUGGGAAGGGAGUUGGUUUUUGCCUUGGCGACACUGGCGGUCCUCUAAUUGCGAACGGGAUGCAGGUGGGCAUAGCAUCCUGGGUGCUGCCGUGUGCACAAGGCGUACCGGAUGUCUAUGCAAAUGUCGCUUAUCUUCGUAAUUUUAUCCUAUCACAAAUGUAA